AUGAAUAAAUUAAUUCACGGCCAGCAAAUUAUAUUUGAUAAAAUCGUGACGGUCAAACACACAAUUACCGGACAGGAUUAUGCCCGAUCCAUUUUGAAGGCUACUACAGAUGAAAUUGCAGCUCCUAAGAAAAAACAUUUGGAUUAUCUGGUUCGGUGCACAGAUGAUCCCACAAUGCCCAUCACAGAGAUGUGUCGUCUGCUUCUCGAUCGAGCUCACAACCAAAACUGGCCAAUCACAUUCAAGGCCCUCAUAACCAUACAUGAACUUAUGAAUUAUGGAAAUGAGAGGUUCUUCCAAUACCUGGCCUCUGAUAAUUCCUCCAUGAACCUGGAUAACUUUUCUGACAGGACAGAUGGUCUUGCACUUCACAUGUCAAAGUUUGUCAGGGCUUACGGCAAGUAUGUCAGCUCUAAGGCCAUCUCAUUCAGAAUUGUGGGCUAUGACUUCUGUAAAGUUAAAAGAGGGGCUGGCUCUUUUUUUAGCAACCUCAAAACGCCAAAGUUGUUUGAAGGGCUGAGCAGAUUGCAAAUCCAGAUUGACGAUCUUUUGAGAUUCGAUGUAGCAACUGUUCACGAUCUUUCAAACUGCAUCAUCCGGGCAGCGUACAACUACUCAUACAGGGAUCUGGUGCGACUGAUGUCAGGCUACAAUGACGGCAUGGGCAACUUACUGCAGAAGUACUUCGAUAUGGAUAAGAAAAACUGUCAGGAGGCUUUGAUUAUCUACAAGAAAUAUCCGGCUCAUGUUAAAAUGUUGCAGGAGUUUUUGAAAGAAGCAGUGGUUAUGUUUAAUUUGUUGUUUUUGUUGUUGUUGUUGUUUUUAUAUUCUUUAAAAUCGAAAUUUUGA